AUGUCAUGGCGCCCGACCUACCGAAGCUCCAAGUUUCGAAACGUCUAUGGAAAAGUGGGAAGUCGGGAGCACUGCUAUGACGGCAUCCCUAUCACCAAGAACGUCCAUGACAACCACUUCUGUGCUGUCAACUCCAAGUUCUUGGCUGUGGUCACUGAGAGUGCUGGUGGGGGCUCAUUUAUCAUCAUUCCUGUUUCCCAGUCAGGCCGCCUUGAUUCUCACUACCCAAAAGUAUGCGGGCACCAAGGCAACGUACUGGACAUCAAGUGGAACCCUUUCUUUGAAAACAUCAUAGCUUCCUGUUCAGAGGAUAGCUCGGUGCGAAUAUGGGAGAUCCCAGAGGGCGGACUGAAACGCAAUAUGACCGAGGCAGUGUUGGAGCUAUAUGGUCACAGCAGACGGGUGGGUCUGAUUGAGUGGCAUCCAACCAGUAGUGGCAUCCUUUUCAGCGCUGGCUACGAUUAUAAGAUCCUUAUCUGGAACUUGGAGAUUGGAGAGCCAGUAAAAAUGAUUGACUGCCACACAGAUGUCAUCCUUAGCAUGUCCUUCAACACAGACGGCAGUCUGAUGGCCACCAGCUGCAAGGACAAGAAGCUGCGAGUUAUUGAGCCACGCUCCGGCAGAGUCCUUCAGCAAGCCAGCUAUAAGAACCACCGUGUAAACCGAGUUGUCUUCCUUGGCAACCUCAAGCGGCUGCUCACCACAGGCGUCUCUCGUUGGAACACACGUCAGAUUGCUCUUUGGGAUCAGGAGGAUUUGUCAAUGCCGGUGAUGGAGGAGGACAUUGAUGGUCUCUCAGGACUAUUGUUUCCCUUCUAUGACAGUGACACUCACAUGUUGUACUUAGCAGGCAAGGGAGAUGGCAACAUCCGCUACUUCGAGAUAACAACAGAGAAACCAUACAUCCAAUACCUAAUGGAGUUCCGGUCACCAGCCCCCCAGAAAGGAUUAGGCGUAAUGCCAAAGCGUGGUCUGGAUGUGGGAGCUUGCGAGGUGUUCCGCUUCUAUAAGCUUGUCACACUGAAAGGCUUGAUAGAGCCUAUUUCAAUGAUCGUACCAAGAAGGUCGGACACAUACCAAGAAGACAUUUACCCAAUGACUGCAGGAACAGAACCUGCACUUUCAGCUAACGAGUGGCUCAGUGGUAUUGACAAAGACCCAGUCCUAAUGUCCCUGAAGGAUGGGUACCACCGACCAAACAAGUUAGUAUUCAAAGCCCCAGUGAAGGAGAAGAAAAAUAUUGUCGUGAAUGGGAUCGACCUGCUUGAGAAUAUUCCUCCCAGGACGGAAAAUGAGCUUCUGCGGAUGUUCUUCCGGCAGCAGGAUGAGUUGCGGAGGCUGAAGGAGGAGUUGAGCUCCAAGGAUGUACGAAUACGUCAGUUGGAGUUGGAACUUAACAACAUGAAGAAUGUGAGCCCUCAUAACAUCUGA